GAUAUUUUCACUUAAAACGUGGGAAAAAUGUCUUGUAAGUGAAAUAAUCUGCCAAUGGAGCAAGUUCUUUUUCCAUCAGUAUUAAACACUUAGUGACUUUAAAAAAAGCUUCUAUGUCUUUCUGAAAAGAUACUGGUAAGUUGGUUUUGUCUUAUUUCAGGAAUACUAAGAUAUUUGCCCUAAAAAAAAGUUGGUGAGACAUUGUUUUUUGCAGCAAGCUAAUAUUAUAGCUAAACAACAAUAAAAGAAAAUGAGGCAUUUUUUUUUUUUUUUUCUUUUUGCUUUAAACAAAGCCCCCUUUCCCCUUCAUUUUGCAAUUUUGGCAUAUUUCAAGCUUCGGCUAGGAGACGGGAAGUGUUUCUCAUCAGUGCAUUCUGUCACUAAUCCCACUCUGUUGGCCUAGUUUCUCUCAUUCCACCUGCUGCACGGCUGCAGGGGUUUGGAGCCUAUAGCAAGCAGCAGGGUGCACAAACUGCUGGGAUAAUAGUUGGAGACAAACAAGCCUUCAGCUUCUCAUCUGGGGCUAUGAGUAAUUUACCUUGAUUUGAUUUGAAUGGGCCUUAAGCAUAUAAGCCUUUGUUUUCCCCACAUAGUCAUCCUUUCAUGUUGAAGUAUUUGGUGAUUCUGUGCUACUGCUGACUUUUUCUUUAUGUGGGAGUGGUAAGGAAAGGGCCAGUGCGGCCUGUUGGAUCUGGUAUCAGCGUUUCCAUAGCAACACGUAUUAAAUUGCACUACAGUCCAUUGCAGCUGGACUUUAGACAGGUGGAGGCACAGGUGACGCUGGUAACAGAGCACACUCUUCUUCCAGGAAGGAAGCGCAGCAGCUUUAGAAAUGGCUAAAUUCUUCACACCAGCUCAAAUUAGCGAGUUCAAAGAAUGCUUCGCCUUGUACGACAAAAAGCAGAAGAGUAAAAUCGAGUCAAAAGACCUGAUAACAGUUAUGCGCUGCCUGGGAACAAGCCCCACGCCUGGUGAAAUAGAAAGGCAUCUUCUUGUCCACAAAAUCGGAAAGACAGGCGAGGUAGACUUCUCUACCUUCCUGAUCAUGAUGCACAGGCAGAUGCAGCAGGAAGACCCAAAGAAUGAAAUCCUGGAGGCCUUUAGGAUGACGGACAAGCAGAAGAAAGGACAGAUCCAGGCAGCCGAGCUGCGGGCCAAGCUGACCACCUUAGGAGAGAAACUCACAAACAAAGAAGUGGACGACCUCUUCAAAGAAGCAAACGUCAAGUCAAACGGUGUUAUUAACUAUGAAGCGUUUACUCAAAUGGUGACACUGCCACCAGUCGAUUAUUGAUGAUUUCAGGUAAACAAAAAAAGUCAAUCAUCAAAUGAAAGUGGUUUAAAUUGAACUGGAGACACAACAAUCUUGAUUUUUUUUCAACUUUGUGGAAAUCCUAACUCUUCAGUGCUUCAGACAGAGGCCCUUGAUCAAAUCAAAAGAUAUUAUUUACCUUAACACUUGAGUACUUUCUUCAUGAAUCAGCACUGCAUGCUGUAGAAUACUUCAUAAUAUUAUUGUGCUAAUCUAAAUUGACAUGCUUACAUUUUGUUUUGAAAUCUGUAUUCUAACAAACUAUCUUUUAAUGUUCCUCUGGGGUUGGACAUUUGUAAACUUACCAUUAAAUUUAUAAUUUGAAAAUAACAUUUUUCUUGAUAUGCUUUCAACACAUUUGUGUUCAUGACUUGUAUUUAUUUAGCUAAACUCAGUCUGUGUAGAAAAAAAUAUGUAAUAAAACAAUAUUAAUACAUCAAGACUCAUUUGUAGAUUCACUCAACAGAUUUGUUUCAGAUCAGAAAAAAGACAGACAAGGGAUUAAUAAAACUGUUCAAGUAGUAUAGAUUUGGAGAAAAAAAUGAUCUGCUUUUAUUUUAAAAUUGAUCAAAAUCAGAGUUUGAUAUUUGGAGUUACAUCAAACUACUCUUGUAUGUGUUGAUCUUCUUGUUACUUGUAUUUAGUGCCAGUGUUCACUAAUAAAUGCACUUUUUGGUGG